CUUCUCCUCCUCCCCCCUGCGGUGCUUGGAGAGGAGAGUGUUGGAGAGAGUGCUGGUUUGAGAUGAUCUGACACACCGAAGAGCACCGUAAAUGAGGAAGCAGAGCGAGAAGUGAGCCGGCGAGUGCGCGCAGACUAGAACGCCCUCUGAACGCUCUGAGGGGGCGAGGAGGGGCGCAGAGGAAGAUAAAGCCAUAGAUCCGUCCCUGUUCUGUCAAGGAAGCUAGUCCAUCAUCCUCUCGCAAAGAUGGGGAACCGGGGAAUGGAGGAUUUGAUUCCUCUGGUGAACCGCAUGCAGGAUGCUUUCUCGGCCAUUGGGCAAAACGCAAACCUGGACCUGCCGCAGAUCGCCGUGGUGGGAGGACAGAGCGCCGGGAAGAGCUCGGUGCUGGAGAACUUCGUCGGGAAGGAUUUUCUUCCCCGUGGCUCUGGCAUUGUGACCCGCCGUCCUCUGGUCCUGCAGCUGAUGAACUCACCCACUGAAUACGCCGAGUUCCUGCACUGUAAGGGUAAAAAGUUUAUCGAUUUUGAUGAGGUCCGGCAGGAGAUCGAGGCGGAGACGGAUCGCGCAACUGGAGCCAACAAGGGAAUCUCCCCUGUGCCCAUCAACCUGCGUGUUUACUCUCCACACGUGCUGAACCUGACACUUGUGGACCUGCCGGGGAUGACCAAGGUGCCGGUGGGCGACCAGCCUGCUGACAUUGAAUUUCAGAUAAGAGACAUGUUAAUGCAGUUUGUCACCAAGGAGAACUGUCUGAUGCUGGCCGUCUCCCCGGCCAACUCUGACCUGGCCAACUCCGACGCUUUAAAGAUUGCCAAAGAGGUCGACCCUCAGGGUUUAAGGACCAUCGGUGUGAUCACCAAGCUGGACCUGAUGGAUGAGGGGACCGAUGCUAAAGACAUCCUGGAGAAUAAGCUGCUUCCACUCAGGAGAGGUUACAUCGGUGUGGUGAAUAGAAGCCAAAAGGACAUAGAUGGAAAGAAGGACAUUAAUGCUGCAAUGGCUGCCGAGAGGAAGUUCUUUCUCUCCCACCCGGCAUACAGACACCUGGCUGACCGCAUGGGAACUCCCUACCUCCAAAAAGUCCUCAAUCAGCAACUGACCAACCACAUCCGGGACACCCUGCCGAAUCUGCGGGCCAAGCUGCAGAGUCAGCUUCUGUCCAUUGAAAAGGAGGUGGAGGAGUACAAGAACUUCAGACCUGAUGAUCCGUCUCGCAAAACCAAGGCUCUUCUGCAGAUGGUGCAGCAGUUCUCGGUGGAUUUUGAAAAAUGCAUAGAGGGCUCUGGGGACCAGAUCGACACGGCCGAGCUGUCGGGCGGUGCCAGGAUCAAUCGCAUCUUCCAUGAACGCUUCCCCUUUGAACUGGUCAAGAUGGAGUUUGACGAGAAAGAACUCCGCAAGGAAAUCAGCUACGCUAUCAAGAACAUUCAUGGCAUCAGGACGGGGCUAUUCACCCCCGACCUGGCUUUUGAAGCCAUAGUGAAAAAGCAGAUCCAAAAGCUGAAGGAGCCCACACUGAAGUGUAUAGAUAUGGUAGUGAGUGAACUCACCUUCACCAUACAGAAGUGUAGCCAAAAGCUGGCUCAGUACCCCAUGAUGAGAGAGGAGAUGGAGAGAAUUGUCACUCAGCACAUCAGAGACAGAGAAAGCCGUACUAAAGGACAGGUGUUGCUGUUGAUAGACAUUGAGCUGUCCUAUAUGAACACUAACCAUGAGGACUUCAUCGGAUUUGCCAAUGCCCAGCAGAGGAUCAACCAGAUGAGCAAGAAGAAAGCAGCCGGCAAUCAGGAUGAAAUCAUGCCGGAGAGAGGAGUUAACGAUCGGUUCAAGGUGAUCAGGAAGGGCUGGCUGACCAUUAAUAACAUCGGCAUCAUGAAGGGAGGCGCCAAGGAGUACUGGUUUGUCCUGACCGCCGAGAGUCUGUCCUGGUACAAGGAUGAUGAGGAGAAGGAGAAGAAGUACAUGCUGCAGGUCGACAACCUGAAGCUGCGCGAUGUGGAGAAAGGCUUCAUGUCCAGCAAGCAUAUUUUUGCCCUCUUCAACACCGAACAGAGAAAUGUGUAUAAGGACUACCGUCAGCUGGAGCUUGCGUGUGAGAGUCAGGAAGACGUUGAUGCCUGGAAAGCCUCCUUCCUCAGAGCCGGAGUUUAUCCCGAAAGGGUCACGGUAAGAUUUCAUCUAAAGCACACGUGCACAGACAACACUGUGACGCAAACACUCUCACAAAUGUGGAAUUUUUUUCCAGUUCAUAUUAUUUGUGUCCAGUAGUAGCUCAGGUGGUUGCUGUGAUGUUUCCUUCUGCAGUCUCUUUUAAUGUUAUUGUGUUUCUCAUUUGCCAUCUGUCCUUUUCAAUGUCUUUUAUCUCUCAUUGCUAUUUGGCGUUGUAGGAGAAGGAAGGAAAGGUAUGUUAUUCUGGGUACUAGAUCACUUUUUUGUGUUUUCUAUGUAAAGCAUGAACUGUACUUUUACUUAAAUGGACCUGUACCUGAGUUGUGUAGCUGACAGUGAUCAGUAAAUGGAUAGUUUAGCGUAAUCAUUAGGAGUAGAUCUGUGAACCACUGAUAGGGAAUCACCUUGC